AUGAAACGGAGGCACGAGCCUAAGCCGGCUCCUGGUGGAGCAGGCGAGGCGGGACCAGGUGGGAUGGCAGAACGCCCCCUGUUUCCAGCCUGUCCCACGCGCCGGCCGGGACGGCUCCAGCGCCAUCUCCUGAGCGGCGAGUUCGACCAGCUGCGGGAUUUACCCAUCUUUGAGAGCAACUUCGUGCAGGUGACCCGGUUAGGAGAAGUUGCCAACAGGGUCACCAUGGGGGUGGCAGCCUCCAGUCCAGCCCUGGAACUCCCAGACUUGUUGCUUCUGGCGGGCCCCGCCAAGGAGAAUGGACGCCUGCAGCUCUUCGGGCUGUUCCCCUUGCAGUUCGUCCAGCUCUUCGUCCACGACGAAAGCCGCUGGCAACUGAAGGUCAAGUUCCGCACCGGCCGCGCCUUCUACCUGCAGCUGCGGGCCCCGCCGGAGACCCGCGACCGCAAGUUCGGCCAGUGGGUGCGGCUGCUCUACCAACUGCGCUUCCAUUCGGCCCAAGGAGCCGUACCCUUCACGCAGGAGUACUCGGUGCUGGAGGACGACAAGGACGGGUCCGAGCAGGAGGAAGUGAGCGGAGGAGCUUCAAGCCAUGGAAGCCAGACUGGACCCACAGACCUCUGA